AUGCCCACAGAUUCGGAAUGUGAGUGUGACCUGGUGUCUAAGGAAUGGCUGUUAGCAAAGCUAAGGUCAGAUGAGAGAGAUACAGUUCUGAUCGACUGUCGAGGGUCUAAUGAAUAUUCCGUGUCUCACAUACGUUCUGCCGUGAACUUCUCUAUACCAAGUAUUAUGUUGCGACGGUUAGCUGCGGGAAAAAUAGAGCUUGCCUCAACUGUUCAAUGCAAGGAGCUAAAGGCGAGAAUUACACAUUGCUGCUCUCGGGGAACCUUUGUAUUGUACAGCGAUGGGGCACCACGAGAUCCUGAUUCCGUGCACGGUAUUCUGCUGAGGAGACUUAAACAAGAUGGCGUGCAAGUCGUCUGCCUUGAAGGCGACUUUAUGGAGUUCCGGCGCGCGUAUCCGGAAUGGUGUAGCGAGGCCGGCGCGCAGCACGUGCCCCAUCUGCCGCUCAUGGGACUUCGAUCAUUACGUAUCUCGGGCUCGGGCUGCGAGGAGGCGCUUUCCUCGGGCUCCUCGUCCGAGUGCGAAGACAUGCACAUGCACACGCAGCAGGAGUUCCCCAUAGAGAUCCUGCCUAACCUAUACCUCGGCAACUCUACCAACAGCGAAGACUGCGACGCGCUCGCCAGGCACAAUAUUAAGUAUGUGUUAAACGUAACACCGGAUCUUCCGAACACGUUUGAGGCGCAGGGCUGCGGCAUCAACUACCUUAAGAUUCCCAUCGCCGACCACUGGAGUCAGAACCUCGCCGUGCACUUCCCACAGGCCAUACGGUUUAUAGAGGAGGCGAUGUCGGCGCGGGUGGGCGUGCUGGUGCACUGCGUGGCGGGCGUUUCGCGCUCGGUGACGGUGACGCUGGCCUACCUGAUGCAGCGCCACCGGCUGUGCCUGCGCGACGCCUUCGAGCUGGUGCGCAGCCGCAAGACCGAUAUCGCGCCCAACUUCCACUUCAUGCGCCAGCUGCACUCCUUCGAGCGAGACCUCGGCCUCCACGAGCACAGCGCCAGCCUGAGUAAGGUGCUGGAGGAGCUGGGCGUGCGUGAGGCGGCUGCGGGCGGCGGGGCGGGGACGGGCGCCGGCGCGGUGGUUGCGGGCGGCGCGGGGUGCGGGUGCGCGGCGCCCGGUGGCGUGUCGCCCGACUCCGGCAUCGAGUUCGACCGCUGGAGCGCGGCGCGCGACACCCCGCAAUGA